UCAUGACAGUGAAAAUGGUUUUUCGGUUUUAAAUUUCACCGGUAUACAAUUCAUGAAAAAGUUUUAAGUGUCAAUAAAAAUUGGAGUAACUGCGAAAAAAAAUGCGUCAAAAAUUCACACACCUCGCGUACUUGACAUCCCGUCUUUCCAAACAAUCACAAUAUUAUGGAACGUUAACCAACAAAGCGAAUAAAUUUUUGUGUUACAAUUACCAAAAUGUGGAGCACACGAAGAAAAUUGAAAGACCGGCGAGUUUUGAGUCACCGGCGUGUCUACGAGAAGAAUUACUAUGCAAAGUUGCUGACCCAGCGAGGAAUGGGAUAGAUAAAGUAACAAUUGUUGGAGCUGGCAUGGUUGGUGUUGCCUGCGCCAACGCAAUUCUCUUUCAAAGAAUUAGCAGUCACGUAGCCAUAGUCGAUCCCUUCCCAAAAAAAUUGGAAGGCGAAGGAAUGGACUAUUGUCACAGCUCAGUAUUUCUGGAUGAUCCCCGAAUCGAAUUCGACACGAAUUUUUGCAUCUCAAAAGAUUCAAAAGUUGUCGUAAUAACCGCCGGUGCCCGCCAGAAAGAAGGAGAAAACCGACUAGAUCUCGUAAAAAAAAAUACAAAUAUCAUGAGAAAUAUAAUUCCCCCAUUGGUCGAAUACAGUCCAGAUGCUGUCUUUUUGAUAGUGUCCAACCCAGUUGAUGUGUUAUCAUGGGUGGCAUGGAAAGUGAGUGGUCUACCAGUGACCAGAAUAAUUGGUGCCGGUUGUCAUCUAGAUACAGCUAGAUUCCGCUGUAUGAUAGCAAAGAGACUCGGAAUCUCCGCAAAAUCAGUGCACGGAUUAGUGAUUGGAGAGCACGGUGACAGCCAAGUACCCUUGUGGUCAGGUGUCAACGUAGCAGGUGUUCUAUUCCGAGAUAUCAUACCCCACGUCGGACUCGAACUAGACGAAGAAGGCUGGAAUGACCUGGCGAAAUCCGUAGCUAAAGCCGGUUCUACAGUAAGAUGUCUCAAAGGAUAUUCUAACACGGCCGUCGGUCUUUCCGCCGCUGAUAUCACUAGGGACAUAAUCCGGAAUACUCUAUCGGUCAAAUCUGUGUCUACAUCAGUCCAGGGCCACCAUAAUAUCUGCCAGGACUUAUUUCUAUCUCUUCCCUGUACAAUUGGAGCGAGCGGUGUCGGUCAAGUGAUUCGAAUGCGAAUAACGGAAUACGAGAAGAAACUAUUGCAUAAUUCUGCGGAUGUCAUUCACAAUGUACAAAAGAACAUUGAACUGUCUUGAUGGUCCAUUGAAGACAGCCGGUGAUAAAUCCAAGUGAGAAAUGACAAAUAAAAAUCCGAGGUGUAAUCGUACACAGAGAGAAUAAAUUGCGUUCGCAAAAUCAAUUUA